GUUAACGCAAAUGCCUUCGAGAAUUUGAAAUGAAAUGGAUACCAGUUUUAUCAAAACGAAUUGCGUUUACAUAUUUCAUAUUAUUAUUUCUAUUGUAUUUAUUAUAUGUUUUGAAUAUAUCUUCAGUUGACAACAGUAAGUUCACAUUAAACAAUGCUAUUAAAAAAUUUGCAAGCUAUAAAAAUAGCGCAAGAAAUCUUGCUUCCAUACUCGGAAUCAACUUCGGAGAUGAAUUCGAGUACCGGAGACUUAAGAGAACAAGCGUUUCUCUCACUAAAAAGCUGCCUGAUGCUCUUAUCAUCGGCGUGAAGAAGUGCGGCACAAGGGCUUUAUUAGAAUUUAUUAGGUUACACCCCGAUGUGAGAGCGGCUGGCUCUGAAGUUCAUUUCUUUGAUAAAUAUUAUCACAAAGGAUUCGAAUGGUACAGAGAGAAAAUGCCUGCCACACUCGAAGGUCAGGUGACGAUGGAGAAAACCCCAUCAUAUUGGGUUACGAAGACGGCUCCCAAACGCGUGCAUGCGAUGAACCCUGCUGUCAAACUGAUAGCCGUCGUGCGAGAUCCCGUGACCAGGGCUAUCAGUGAUUACACACAAUCUGCAAGUAAACGACCAGGCCUUCCUCGUUUCGAGGAGUAUGCUAUAGUGAACAGCUCCGUACGAUGGGGCGGCACCUGGUCCGUAGAUGCUUCUUGGCCGCCUGUUAGGAUAGGGAUAUACUCCAGGCCAUAUCGAAGAUGGCUUCGGUGGUUUCCCAAGGAAAGGCUGCUGUUAGUUAACGGGGAACGACUUGUGGUCGAUCCGGCCGCUGAAAUUGCAAGAGUCCAAGACUUCUUAGGGCUGAAACGUGUCAUUACGGAUAAGCAUUUCUACUUUAAUUCAACUAAGGGAUUCCCGUGCCUCCUAAAGUCAGAAACCAAGCCCGUACCGCAUUGCCUUGGCAAGACUAAAGGCAGAAAUCAUCCUCAUAUAGACAUUUCUACUAUAUCUAAGUUGAAGGAUUUCUACAGACCGCACAAUGAAAAGUUCUAUAAAAUCUCAGGGAUUAAUUUUAAGUGGUAGUGACUUAUGUUGCAGAAGGUCUUAGAGAAGAUGCACCAUUAAAAUGAAAAAUAAUUAGACUAUAUAAUCACGUCAAUUAUAAAGCAUAAUAUGUACCUACUUACUCAAUAGAUGCAUUUAAAAUUGUCUACUACUAGCAAUGACGUUCUAUACAUAUAGUCAAAUCACAUCGUAAAAAAACAAAGCCGAAAUCUGGAACAUGCCACAUAUUACACCAUAAUAAACUCAAACUGCUUUAUCUAUGCAUUGCCACAUAUACUCCAGUUGUUUAAAAUAUUUUAUUCAGAUUCAGAAAGUGACCGUUGUACGUUAGUACACUACUAUAAACAGGAGAGAAAUGUGGUUGCAUUGUCUUUAAACACACUUUUACUGUUCCGCUAUCAGACUGAUAUGUCCUUAUGAACGAAUGUAUAGAACGUCAUUGACUGUGUGGUAUACUGUGUAGCAUGUGUGGUUUUUUUAAUAGUUGACGUUAUAUAAUUUGAAGGUAUUCAUGACGUAUCGUCCUAGAAGCUCCGCGGAAGGCAGUUAAUUCCACAGUGUAGUUAAAUGUGUCAUAAAGUUCCUUGAAAAGUUGAAAAUCACGCUGUGGAGGAACGUCACACAUUCUCAUGGUCAAGAUGAUAUCGAAGAACGGUUUCAGAUCAAACAAUUCUUCGGAACACUCCCCGUGAUAAUUUAGUAGCAGUGGUCCGAGCUACUGUCGUGUACCAGACCAAUAGCCCUAUUCUCGUAACAAAACAGAUAGGAUCGAAGUAACCUUAUGUCAAAAAGUACAAUUUCGUAUUCCUGUAACACAAAUUGACGGCUCAGUUCCGAUUGUGAUUAAGUUACGUUCCUAUUUAGGGCAAUCGUGAUGCGUAUUCUCGGAACAAGAUCUAACGUCAAUUGUUGGCAGCUAUUCUGCAAAAUACCCUUUUAAUUGUAGUAGAAAUAUCGAGGCUGGGAUUCACUUAACCUUCUACGGAAAGGAUAGAAUACGAAUCUAGAGUAAAACGUGGAUAGGAUCGGAACUUAGCGUCAACGUUUUGAAAUAAUGACGAUGAAAUAACUAUGUGGCCGGUUCAGCUUCUUAUAGAGCGCUAAAAUGAGGGCCUACUUGAAGACAGCGUCUCGAUGUACGAAUUCCCCCUCAGUAUUUUCCGAGCCAAAUAUAUCAUGCCAUUGACUUCCAGAUUACCUCGGGAAUUGGCAAUCUGGGAGCUCGAGAUAAUACUUUAUAUUAUACUAUAACGAGGUAUAAGGUAUAAGGGGAAUAGUGUCAAAAUGCGGUUAUACGUCUGACUGACUGACUUUGUUGCACUUAAAUUCUAAAACAUUUGACACUUUAUAGAACAAAGCUCGAUUUUAGAAACCAAAAAAAUAAUACUAGGACGGAUCAUGAAACCCAUUGGAAAUGGAAGAGAAUGUAACAAAAGUGAAAGGAAAAAUAAUAUACGCGCGAUCUGAAGUCGGGAAGUGGAAAUUAGGGUUCUUUUUCGAUAUUUAAGUCAAGAUAAGUUGAAAAAAUUAAUAUUGCAAAUCAUUGUAUUUGGGAUAUAAAAAGGUACCUUUUCACGAAAUUUUGCGGAUUUUUUUGUAAGAGAUUUGGUUAUUUGAAUUUUACACAUACAUUUUGAGGUUAUGUGAAAAGAGUGUUGAUUUUAACACAGUUAUCUUAUUAAAAAUUGAGUUACCUCCUCACCAGUUCCUAUAGAUUAGAGAUGACCUAAACACACUAAAUACUUAGUUGUAAGUACUACACAAUUAUUUAUUACCGUGUUCGGUAUUAAAAGUGCCUGCUACGUGUACCAAAUGUUAUGUUAAUAUUAUACCACUUUGUAGGAAGUAUCAAAGUAUUAUUAAGUGCAUUAAACGAUCUUAGUAUAAUAAAUAAGGAACAAUGGUUGUGUAUCAAAACGAAAGUUUUAAGGUCAUAAGAGAUAAGUUUAGUUAAUUUAAUGUUUUAAAUGCGCUAACGAUGUGUGCGUGUUACUUUUUCAUGAUAGCAACAUUGACACAACAGAUGAACUCUCUUACGGCCGUUCCCAAUAUUCAGUCUAUCUCCGGUUGUGGCCUACCUGAGAUAAAAAACGUAAAUAUCGUUGACUUUUCUGUCCCCAAAAACUUAUCUACUUUAACUCACCUUAUCCGUACACGCUGUCUGUCAAUGAGAGGACGUAUAGCUUACCAGCGAUAGAAAUUUGUAUGGAAAUUGCAAUUCACGCGUCCCUAUAUAAGGCGAUAAGAAUGAUUUAUCGGGUAUAUUGAGACAGCUUCAGAUUAUUAACAUGUAAAUUACUGAUAGUAGAAGGUAAUAAUUUUUCUCUAUAUAGAUAGUAUAUUGGGAACGGCCGUUAAUGUAACAUAGAGUUGCUAUACUAUGGCUACCAAUACUUAAAAUGGUUAAAUAACAACAUUUUUAAGUUGGUUUCAAUAUAACAUAAAAAUUACUAUACUUAUAUACCUUCCAAGCUAUUCAUAGGCCCAUCCAAGCCCAUAGUAUUUCGCAGUAGGGAUAUUACUUGGCAUCACAUUUAUAAGUUAUUUUAAGAUUCCUUGAUUUAAAAAUUAUGUACCUAAACUUAGUAGGAAUCUAGAUAUUAUAUCAAUUUAGAUUAAAUAGUUUAGUUUGCUCAAAUAUAUCAUAUUCGUAGAUAUGAAGUAAUACGUAAAAAAUAAGGUAAUUUACAAAGAAAAAUUACCUACAUCGGCAGUCAAUUGAAAAGGUGUUAUUGAGUAAAAUGGUUCUCCUUUCGUAAUUUUUUUAGUGUUAAUUACCAAUUAAUUUACCAAUAUAUUUAGAAUAUGCAUAUAGACGGAAUUGUGAAUGUGAACGUUAGCUUUACUCUAAUUCUACUUUUACGACCAGUCACUCAACACCCGUUUGUAGCACUGACCUGUAUAAGUACCACUGGACAGGCUGUUCCAUAUGUUUGACAGCAAAUGUUUUGCACGUAUUUGAAGCGCCACUCGCGAGCGUCCAGGGAACUAAUUUUGACGUAUAAUACAAAUGGCUGCGAAGGAACGUACAAUACUCUGAAGUAUUUUAGUAUUUUGAAUUAAUUUCGUCUGUUUUUCGUGUUAGUUAUACUUCAUGAAUCAACGUAACAAAGUACAUUUUUUUUUGUAAAUAGUUUCGCACCAUCUAUCUAUGUUUCCUGAGGUUGUCAUCACAAGUUUUAGUACCGCAGACUCUCGCUACGUGGCCAACAGCGCCAAAAUGGCGAAUAUCAAACAGGCACAAAAGUACUAUGACAGCUGCCACUCCAUUGGUAUAUAGUAGAGGCCAGUGGUUUAUAGUAGGUAUCAAUAAAUUCACUUUCUUUUUCUCCGUUAGAUAAGUUCCUUUCUCUCACACGCUUUGUUCAUCUAAACGCUUGCAUUGUUAGUCUAUGGUUAUUAACUGUUGAGUAGGUAUUACAUUUACUAACUUUCGAUUGCAAUGGUUUUUAAUUCACGCACUGGCACACCGAUAUUAAUAAUUCGAGGAUUCCGGCAUUGUUUUUGGCGGCAUGUCACGGGGCGACUUAAGUAAUUAGUAUUUGCAAAUAUAUCUGUCUACCCGCAUUCUCACUCAUGGUUAGAUAUCUACAUUUUUCGCCCUUCCGGGACCUUAUUUUUUCUACCGCGAAAGUAUGUAUUAUCCGGUAAAAUGGACAGGUUGAGUACCAGCGCAUUUUGUUAUAUAAUAAGGGGGCAACCGUCCAUGGGGAUGCGUUGCCGGCCUGUACGAUCUAAUCUAGAAGGUCCCUAAGUCGUGUACGAAGCACGUUUCUCGAAAAACGCGCGAUUGUUGAAUGCCAGACAGACAGAAUUACGCAUUUUGACGUUAAUUCAUUGAAUAAUUAAUUGUGUAGAUAAUUUAUAUAUCUAGAUAGAGCCUCGUUUAGUUUUACACUCGCGAUACGUUAGUCACUUUGUUAGUCUGCAAUUUUUUAAUGACAAUAAGGGACGAGACGAACAGGACGUUCGCAUAUGGUAAUUGAUACGCCCUGACCGUUACAAUGCAGUGCCGCUCAGGAUUCUUGAAAAACCCAAAAAUUCUGAGCGGCACUAUUGCGCUCGUCUCCUUGGGGCAUAAGAUGUUAAGUCUCAUUUGCCCAGUAACUUCAUUAGCUACGGCGCCCUUCAGACCGAAACACAGUAAUGUUUACACAUUACUGUUUCACGGCAGAAAUAGGCGCCGUUGUGGUACCCAUAAUCUAGCCGGCAUCCUGUUCAAAGGAGCCUCCCACUGGUAAUGCUGAAAAUGGUGGCUAACUGUUCACCGAUAUUUUUUCGCCGUGUUCACAGCUGUCACAGUAUUACAAGACGUGUAAUUUAUCUAAGCUAUAUACUUACAUCAUAUUUUCAAGAUGUCAGUGAUUUACGCGGAAGACUUUCUACGGUUGUGUUGUAAGUUAUAUAUGUAUGUAUUAGUCUAAAAUAUCACAUUGAGUAAGAUAUAAUAUUUUAAACCUAAAACAUUGCUCUGUUUAAUAUACAAUCGAUUAUGGAGCUCAAUGGUCGACUAAUAAUAGUAUAUUGUGCUACUCGUUUACUCGAUACUAUUUUGCAUUACAAAUGCGACGAUUUAUUUAUUAUUUCCGACUUCGUUUUUAAGCUUUUGUAACUUAAAUUAUAAAUUAUAUAUAUUAAAUGAAACUGUCAGACGCGUCAACCUCAAUUCAGUUUUGAUAUUUCGAUGUCACGUUGCUACGCUUCGACGUACAUGACGAGAGUUGUCAAACUUCAGAGUUUAUCUAAAGCGUGUGCCACGUAUAAAUGCGUGCGACUCUUCGCACUCAAACAACAGUUUCAUUUACGAAAAACCUCACGGGUAAUUUUAAAAGGACAAACGGCUCCUUUUCAACCGCAACAGCGAGCGCCAAGUUACUACUUUUCCCGCACGAGUAUUACAAACGCCUCGUUAGAAUCGUCAUUCACAUAUCUAAUACUAAUUCCAUCCAAUUUACAUUUUAUCUGUAAGUUAGAC